AACGUUUGAGGACAGAAGAGGAUUCCGUUGGGGAGAUUCCGGAAGACAGAAAGGGAGGCACAAAAGUGGAAACUGAAGAAGCAGUAGCAGCAACAGAAAGUGGAAAUUGUUGUUCUUCGGAAGAGAGGGUAAGGGGGAACAGAGAGAGAGGGGGAGGGUUAUGCGUUCAAAGAUGCUUAGGAAAUGCAUACGUGGAAGCAGAUCAGAGACAGGGAAUUUGGUAAUUUGCGCCCACAUCGUUUCUCCAAUCGGAUCAAGUCCCGCCGCGUCUCCGACCUCCAAUUGUCAAACCACAAAGACUUUCUCUCUCCUCACAAGGGCGCCCUGAACUCCCUUCAGGUUGAUUUGACAGAGGGAAGAUACUUGCUAUCCGCUGCCGCAGAUGCCUCCGUCGCCGUCUUCGACGUGCAGCGCCCCACCGAGUACGAAGCCGGUGGCCUCAUAUCCAAGCACCGGUGUCUGUUUCUCGUGGACAAGCAGCACCAGCUGGCGCACAAGUAUGCUGUUUCCUCCGCCGUCUGGUACCCUGUGGACACUGGAUUGUUCAUCACUGGCUCCUUCGAUCACCACAUCAAUGUCUGGGACACCAACACCACUCAGGUUGUGGUGAAUUUCAAGAUGCCUGGCAAGGUUUAUCGGACUGCCAUGUCCCCCUUGGCCACCUCUCACAUGCUCGUCGCCGCCGCCACCGAGGAUGUCCAAGUCCGCCUCUGUGACGUUGCUUCUGGUGCUUUUGCUCACACCUUGUCCGGCCACCGUGAUGGAGUAAUGAGUGUUGAAUGGUCUACUUCAAGUGAAUGGGUGUUGAUGACUGGGGGAUGCGAUGGUGCGAUACGUUUUUGGGAUAUUAGACGAGCCGGCUGUUUCCUUGUUUUAGAUCAAUCUCGGACUCAGCUUGGAAGACGCCCAUCCGUACUUAAACGCUCCAUGACGCACAAGGAGUCGACUUUUAAGUCUUCCUCGGCUGGCCAAACAACAAGUGCAAAAGUUCGCGUUUCACAAAAAAAGCUUCCUAAUGGGAAUGGGAGCAGACAGGUUGUGAUUGGUAGAGUUCCAUCCAAGGGAUCAAUAAAGCAGAGAUUACAUCCAGGAAUGCUGUCCACUCAGGAUCGCGCAACAGCUCAUUAUGGUGCUGUGACAGGGUUAAAAGUAACAGAUGAUGGGUCUGAUUCAAGACUAAGGUUGUGGGAUAUUGAAUCUGGCUGUGACACGCUAGUGAACUUUGAAACCGUACGCCUGCAAACAAAUAAACCAAUUCAAUUAGCCACCUCUCAGGAUUCAACCCGCGUUUUUGUUCCAUGCAUGAGAACUGUGAAGGCAUUUGACAUGUGGUCUGGGAGCACGUCUGCAACAUUUCGUGGCCACUAUGAAUGCGUGAACUCUUGCUGGUUUAAUGAACAAGAUCAGGAAUUAUACACUGGUGGGAAUGAUAGACAAAUUCUUGUGUGGUCACCUGCUAGGUUAAUUUCAGAUGAAAUGGAAGAAGGAAUUGCUGAAGAUCAGGACAGCUGGAGUAACUGAGUUUUGACUCGAUAUAUGUUCCAUCCUUCCGGUGUUCUUCGUCUAUGCAUAUGUUUGACACUAGAUGUUUGUAUGAUUCGUAAAUAAAGGCUUGUUCUGGUAUUGAAGCUCAUUUGAAUCACUGCAUUACAAGAUGGCAAAAUUGUAUACUAGUAACCGCUUCUUGUGUAUAGAUAUUGUGCAUGUUUGGGCGCCA